AUGGCCGCUGCCGUACCAGUCACCGAGAUCGCCUACAUUACUCUCAAGCCGGGUAUUGAGCUCGAAGGCUCGGGUACCGCAGCUCAAGCCUGGAAAGAGACUCUUACAACCGUUUCACAACAGGAUGGGUACCAGAGGAUGCACUGGGGACGUACGCUGGAGGAUCCAAACCAAUUGAUGCUGUUCAUUGACUGGGACUCGCGAGACGCCCAUCUCAAGUUCGUGGCCACGCCCGGGUACACGCCUUUCAAGAACCGCCUCGGCAGCAUCAUGGAGGGCGUCCACCUCCACCACGUCGCCUUCAGCCCCUUCCCACCCAGCAUCCUGGGCCGGGCACCGGUGAUCGAGUUCGCGACCUUCUUCGGCACCAGCGACGUCUUCCUCUCGCACGUGGAGAAGUUCAUGGGCGCCGCCGGGAAGCCAGAGGGGUAUCACGGCAGCGUCUAUGGGCCCAGCGUCGAGGAUGAUGUCGGCAAGCAUGCGGACGGGGGUGACAAGGGGAAGGCGGUUGUGCUGCUCAUCGGGUGGGAUAACGUCGAGGCCCACAUGAAGUUUCGAGAGACGGAGGGCUUCCAGAAGAAUAUCGGCCUGCUGGAGGACGGCGCGAAGAGCGCGGAGAUGGUCCACGUUGCCUUUACUGCUGUGUAG